AUGAGUACUGGCUCCAUGUCUGCUAUACAUUCAAAAACAGUUGUCCCAGAUAAUGUUGUUUUGGCUAAUCGAAUUAGAAGCUAUCUUUCUAAUCCAUCAGUUUCGUGGAAACCGUCAACAGAUCAACGCAAAUUAAUUGGGCAUUUAUUGUUAAAUAGACUUGUUCCUGCAACCUCAACUUGCAGCAAUAUUCUUGAUUUUGGGCUUAAAGUUGUUGGUUGUAGGGAUCCGAUGAGUGGAAGGCUUGGAGCUUUUGUUACUCGUGUUAGGCCUGGUUCCAUUGCUGAUACUGUGGGGCAGCUAAGAGCUGGUGAUGAAGUGCUAGAAUGGAAUGGCCAUCAACUUCAGAACGCAAGCCCAGAGACAGUUUACACAAUAGUUCAAACCAGUAAAGCAGACACACAAUUAGAAUUAAUUGUUUCACGCCCACUAACCGGUGAUGGAGAUGAUUUUUUAAAUUUGGGUAGAAGAAGAUUAUUAGAACAACAACAACAAUUUUUAAUAAAUAAAAAUAUUCCACACUCACAAUCUUUAAUUGCUGCUACGCCUUUUAUUAGUGGUGGUGCUUCUAUGCAACAACAACAAAAACAUUGUUUUUAUUCGCGGGUCCCCUCUCCUUUUGUGCUACAACAACAACCCUAUAAUGAUGCUUUAACGGGCUUUUGUAAGUUUAUUCAAACAUUAAAACCAGAAUACUAAAUUAAAAACACAGGAAAAAUAAACAAUAAAUUAAAAACAUGGAAAUGAGUAAAACAUGUUAAAAAUAAAACCAGAAUAAAACAUAAACAAGCGAAAAUACACGAAACAGAAAACAGAACAAAUAGACAAAAUAGAACAAAUAAACAUGUUCGAAAAACACGUGAAAACACAAAUAAACAAAACCAGAAUUAGAAAAAUACAAAAACAAAACACAACAAAAACACAACAAAACAAAUCAAAAACACACAAAACAUAGUA